GUUCAAAAAGGGGGCGGGCACUGUUGCGCUCUAUAAAAGCAUGGUUUGACUACAGUGUCAAAGUCGGAAGUAUUUGAUCUUGAUUGAUUUUCUGCGUCAGUGUUCCUACCUGCUCCACCUUAUCGAUGGCUUCAUUGGCGUGCCCGUUCUACCUGCCCGCUAAACUGGACAAAGCCGUAUCUUCUCUGGAUUGGCUCCUGGGUAACUGGGAAUCAGUCGAGCCCGGAAAGGGGUCCUACCCCAGCCUGAAGGACUUCCGCUACACGGAGGAUCUUCACUUCGCCCAAAUGGGACAGCCCAUCAUCAACUUUAUGUUCAAUGCCUCCGAUGCAGAGACGAAGAAGAUACUUCACAGGGAGUGUGGCUUCAUCCGAAUGCAGACGGGCACCAACCGAGUGGCGUUCAUCAUCGCACAGAACUCUGGACUGGUGGAGGUUGAGGAGGGGGAGCUGGUGGGAAAGAAGCUGAGCCUACAUACACAAGCUCUGGCCAGGCCAUCGUUUGCCAAGGAGCCCCACGUCAAGGAGGUCUCCAGAGUGUUCCAGCUCCAACCAGACGGGAAGCUGGAGCAGACGCUUUCCAUGUCAACGGACAAGCAGCCAAUGACUCAGCAUCUGCACGUCACCUACAGUCGCUUGGCUUGAAGCAGAUUGGUUCUAAAAGGAACGCCACCUUCUGUGUUGGUGCUAAACAAAAAAAAAGACCUGGUCUGUAAUUUAUGUGGCCGGUAAUGGAAGAUCAUGCAACAUUAUUCCAACCUCAAAACGUUGCUUUGCACAUUUGUUUAUGGGUCAUGACCAGGGAUUAAGGAGAACAGUUCAUGCACUAUUGGAUGGUUUGUUGUUCAUGUAUAAACAUGUUUCAAGACUUCAAUUCAUUUUGCAUGUAAAUUGCAUUUCGCUGUUCCCUUGGCUGCCAUACGGUUCAACACGUGAACAGAAUGUAUUUAAAGUAGUGUUUUUGAAUUUCUAUGGUUUGGUGUUCUUUGCAAUCAAAUAAAAUAUUUGCUCAACA